GCUCUCAUAACAACAUUGAAGUCACCGCUGACAACUAGCCGGUUAUUACACGUGUAGGUUUAUAUUUUAACUAAUUUAGGCGUUAAAUAGGAUUCUGCACGAUGCCGAAAUAUUACGAGGAAAAAGAGGAAGAUAACAGAGCCUGUUCCGGUAUCAGAGAAGACUUCAAGGCUUGUCUCCUUCAGCACGACUGCGUAAUGAAGGAGGGAAAGUUGCCCAGUCAGUGUUUGAAGGAAGGCCACUGCAAAGCCCUGCAGACGGCAUUGUUUGAGUGCAAGAGGUCAACGCUGGACACAAGGUCAAGAUUCAGAGGAAGGAAAGGGUUUUGAGGAAACAACAUGCUGCUGUUUAUCGGACAACAAACUGUAUAUACUACUUAUGAUUGCCAGUGUCUGUGCAGCUUCACAUCCUCCUUUUGAAGGACACGUGUCAAGAAAUUGGGUUGUAAAGGACUGCCAAAUAUUGAAGAACAAUGCACACUGACACACAAAAGGAUUACCGACCGGUGCCGAAAAAAGCCGGAGCCGUCACCGUGUGGAGCUUCCAGUAUCUUGAUUUCCUGGAAGCAAAUCAGUACAUAAUGUGGCAUUCUGGAUGAAUGUGUGAGUGGUGUGUUAU